GACUAACAUAUGAAAUUCGAACGCAUUAAGCAAUGUGUUUCCAGCUGGUGUAAUCCAAAGGAAAUUGAUGUGACUCGCGGAUACGGCUUGAUAUCUUUCCAGCUAAUAUGGAAACUGAUGUGAGGGGUCAGGAAGAGGAGGAGGAAGAGCGGCCGCGAGGACACUUCGAGGAGCAGCAGCAGGAGGUUGCAGGGUCAGAAGCGGAAGCUGGAGCGGACGCUGCCGCUACCGACAGCACGCCUACUGUUGAGCCUUCUGCGCCUCCCCUGGAGCCCGUCACGGCCACCACAGCCAAGCACAAGGUCGUGCUCACCUUGCAGGAGCUGCCGGCCAUCAAGAAGGUCGUCAGUUCUGCCCUGCGGCUGAACAGGCGGAUGGCGUAUGAAAUAAAGGAAGUCACUGAGCACGAGAUUCAGGAGCCGACGAAGGCAAGUGCCGCAGCCACGGAGGAGGAGGCUCAGGAGGCGCAGGAGGAGACGGCGGCGAGCGCCAGCCCCGGUACACGCACCCGGCGGCGCGUCGCCGCGGCGCUGCAAGAGCUGGGCAGCGUCGACGAGCACCAGAUGCCUGCCGAGGGCUCUUCGCCCCCGCGCGCGCACCGCCGGCGCGGGCCCUGGUGGCGGCUGCUCUUCUGCGCCAAGAAGGAAGCCGCCGGUGAGAGCAAACCACCGGAACCGCAUCAGGAAGAGAACUGACACCUCACUGAAUAUUACCACAGAGAUCUUCUCGUACCUCUAAAGCCACAAAAUUACUCCUCUCCAACAGAAACACGCUUUCUUUACCUACUUACACAAAUCGAACUUGUUUUCUAUGUAUCUUAAAACAGUGACAACUCCGUUUAUGAUCUAAAAUUGUUAUUAAAAUUGCUAAUGAGAGAUAUUAUAAAAUGAAGCAUCGUCCACAGUUUACCUCUUACCUUGUAAUGGACAGGUCGUAAAUUCACGAAAUAGCGCAACGUUAUCGCACUUCGUAAACACAUUUCAAGUGGAAUCCCGUUCUGUGAAUGCACUGCUUGAAAGUGAGCUGCCGCACUAAAUGUUCAUUAAGUGUAUCAAUAACCCCCUUCACAACUUUUAAACAGUUUCUUGUAGCUCCUCUAGGACAUACGUGUAAGCUUCUAGUAUUUUUGAAUAAAUAAUUUUUAACGAUUCA